AUGAGUACGUUCGGGAGCCCCGGGCCGUUACCGUCCUCGAAACCCGUCCCACCUCAGAGGGGAAGCUUUCCCCUAGAUCAUGAUGGCAAGUGCACAUGCAAGAAUAUUAUGAUGUCGUACUUAAGCUGCAUCAAAAAAGUCAAAGGCGUGAACGAAGGCGAGUGUCGGAUGCUAGCCAAAUCGUACCUGGCUUGCCGGAUGGACCGCAACCUCAUGGCAAGAGACGAUUUCAAGAACCUGGGGUUUAACGAUAAGACGCCAGCAAAACAAGGCGAUGGCGGCGGCGGGACAGGAGUCAAAGGAGAGCUCCGUUGGUGA